UCUUGAUCAGGGUGAGAGAGGGUCAGAUUGAAACAACACAUCCAACCUGCGGUUUUCUGUCACUCCAACCUCAUCUCUUCUGUUGUCACUCCUUCGUUUCGCAGAUCAGAAAUGCAACAAUGAUUCCAUCGAUACAAAGUGCCUUUCUCCUCUCCGUCGCUCUCGCGACAUCCCUGAGUAGCGCGCAGGGCGACGCUUCGCUUGUUGGAACAUGGUCGACAAAAUCCAAGAAAGUCGUCACUGGGCCGGGCUUUUACGAUCCUGUAAAUGACAGGUUCAUCGAACCCGAACUCGCAGGGAUCUCGUACUCCUUCACCAGCGAUGGCUAUUAUGAAGAGGCUUAUUAUCGCGCCAUUGCAAACCCGACGACACCACACUGCCCUUCCGCCAUCAUGCAAUGGCAACACGGAACCUACACACUCCCGGGCAACGGCAGCCUUGUAUUGACACCCUUCGGGGUCGACGGCCGACAAUUGACAUCCUCACCAUGCUCGGGCGACACUGGAAUAUAUGUUCGCUAUGAACAGGCCGAAUUGAUGAAGAGCUACCAAGUCAUCACAGAUCCUUUUCACAAUGUACCACGCCUGAACCUCUUCAAGUUCGAUGGCUCUCCAAUUCAGCCAAUGUAUCUCGUCGCCACACCGCCACAGAUGCUACCGACACAGACACUUAACCCAACCAGUGUAGCGAGUGCGACUGGCAAGAGUCGUGUAAAACGGACGGACGGUGGUGACGGCGAUCAUGCACAAGAACCGCUCCAACCCCUCAACCAACAUGCUUUCACCUCCAGGUUACCUAGCAAAGAUUCAUUUAACCCUGAUCAUUGGUGGUGGGCUGGCGUAGGAUUGACUGCGCUGGGCACCGUCAUGUAUAUGAUGCCCACUUCGGUAUAAAGGACACACGAAGGAUCCGGCGUUGAUUAGCGUGUGGACGGCAGCUCAAAAAUGUAUCAAGACUCGGCAAGCGUUCUUGUGAUUUAUUUUGGCAGGAGUCUUGUUUCAGUUAUCUGGGCGACGUCGGGCACAGUUGCGCUCGUAUGUUGAAGGCCCAUGAACUGCUGGCAUCGUCUUGGUGUUGGGCCAUAUCCGGAUGACAUUGCACUGGGCGGAGUAAUGGGCUACGAGUUACCUUUGGAAUAGAUGCUGAAUUCAGGGAGUAUUGUCAAUGGCGCACUUGGUUCUACGGAUACCCCUGAUGCAAUAGCCAUACAAGUAUUCAUUCAAUACGGAGUAAAUAGUACCUACAUGUACAACUCGUGCAUGCGUAAAUUAUUCAUAACGAAGACAG